AUGUCAGACUUCUCUCAGCAUGGUGGCAUUGCGCCUGAAUGGGAACUUCUAGUAGAAUCGCAGCCUCAACUCACCUUUCCUCUAAACAUCACGGCGAUCGAACUUCGGCAAUUGACCAACGACAGCCGGGCACAGGCGGCACAGAAAUUGAUUGCAGGAGUUGACACAGUUCACAAGAAAGAUUUCGCCUUGGGAGUCGGCUCGGAAGACAGUAUAACUCUGCGAGUAUACAAGCGAAUGACAGCCAAGCCAGAGCCAGGAAAGCUUCCUAUCUACAUAUGGUAUCAUGGAGGGGGCUUUCUAUUUGGCAGUCUCGACGGAGAAGACGGCCACUGCUUCAAUAUGGUGCAGAAGCUGGAUGUGAUCGUUGUCCACGUUUGCUACCGUCACACCCCAGAGUAUCCAUGGCCUGUGCCACGACAAGAUGCUCUCGCUGGCUUCAAUUGGGUCUUCGACCAUGUCGAUGAGCUAGGUGGGGACCCAAACAAAGUAAUUGUAUCUGGACGGUCUGCUGGGGGACUUCUCGCUGCGAUUGUCGCAAUACAAGACCGUGAGCAGCACGGGAAGAAUCGAAUACAGGGCCAAAUCCUGGACAUACCGGUCCUAUGCCAUUCGGCGAAUUUCCCAGCGCAUCUCAUCCUGCCUGGCAAGGGCUCAUACGAAGAGAAUCGGUUAGCUCCACUCUUACCAGUAACGCGGCUGGAUCUUUUCGAGUCCCUGCUGGGCGAAAAUGCCAGUACCGAUCGCCUUUACAAUGUCCUCCUGCUGGAAGAUGAGUCUCUGAAAGGCUCUCCAACGACUCACUUUCAGAUUGCGGGUCGAGACAUCCUACGGGAUCAAUCGUUUUUGUUCAUGGAUAAACUGCAACGGCUUGGGUAUGAAAAUUGA